AUGACGGACAAACCUGCUUCUACACAAUGCAUCGGUCGAACAACAGGCCGGAAGCCUAGCGCUACGGUGUCCGCGGAAGUUGCAUUCGACAAUGUUUUCAAGCGUUUUCCUACACGAGUGGCGGUUGCUGGGAGGGAUGUUUUGCUAAGUUGGAGUGACGACAGAAUGAUACGAAAUAAGAAUACCGAACGGGCCGAUUUUAUUUUCUAUUCCAACCGCAUUAUUCGACUUUUGGUUGAGGAGGGCCUAAACCAUCUUCCCGUGAUAGAACAGGCAAUCACAACACCGGUUGGCCGCACAUAUAAUGGACUAAUGUUCCAGGGGAAGAUCUGUGGUGUUUCGAUCAUGCGAGCGGGUGAAGCGAUGGAACAGGGCUUGAGAGACUGUUGCCGUUCUGUGAGGAUCGGCAAAAUUCUCAUUCAACGAGAUGAAGAUACGGCACAACCGAAGCUCUUCUAUGACAAGCUACCUGAAGACAUUGCUGAUCGGUGGGUGCUAUUGUUGGACCCCAUGUUUGCAACGGGUGAGUUAUGUGCCCUGGUGUCUCUCGAAGGGGCAUUUUGCACCGUUACCUCGCAACAUGCUAACGACCGCUUGUGUUUCGCAGGAGGGUCUGCCAUUAUGGCUGUGCAGGUUUUGAAGGCGCGUGGGGUACCUGAGGAUCACAUCCUCUUUCUCAAUAUCAUUGCCAGCCCCGAAGGCGUCAAGAAAUUUGCCACAAAGUUCCCUCGGCUUAAGGUUGUGACUGCCUUUAUUGAUCAGGUAUAUCAUGCUCCUGUUUCUCCUAAACAUUGGUUUCGGGAACAAGCUAACAGGCAGAAUACUGCAGGGCUUGGACGAGAAAAAGUAUGA